AGAAAGCAAGAAUGAAAAGAGUGCACGAGGGUGGAUAUUCCUCUACUCCUCCUGCUCUAUCAUCAUCCACUACGACGUCGUCUUCAUGGGAAUUGGGCGGCGGCGGGGGGAAGGUGGCGGCGGCGGCGAUGCAGCAGGAGGUGGUGGUGAGGCCUUACGUUCGGUCAAAGUCGCCGAGGCUGAGGUGGACUCCGGAUCUUCACCGGUGCUUCGUCCAUGCCGUUGACCGCCUCGGCGGAGAAGACCGGGCGACGCCGAAGAUGGUUCUGCAGAUUAUGGAUGUGAAGGGACUCACCAUCUCCCACGUCAAGAGCCAUCUCCAGAUGUACAGGAGCAUGAAGCAUGAGCAGGCAAUGCAAGGAGAAGCAGUGGGAGUAGUAGCCAAGAGAAAUGCACAGCUUGGGUUGUACAACGGGCAACGUGACUAUCAUUGCUCCCCAACGUCAACUAAUUACAUGGAUUAUGGCCCUGAUGAUCAUGAUCACCAGCUUCCCAAGAGGGAAUUGGGGAGGAGAGACGAUGACGAUCAACGCCAUCGUAAUUAUUACAUCAUCUUCAAUGACAUCUUGAAACCCACAAGCUGUGUCCAGGAGGAGGAGCAAGGGGAUAAGGCCCAUCACUAUUGUGGCACAGAAAGCUUGCUUGGGGAGAAGGAGGAGGAGGAUGAAGAAGGCCCAAUGUUGGCCCUGUCUCUGGGCUCGUUGGCUGGGACUAAGCCCAAUUGCAAUCCUCAUCAGCCCGCCAAUCCAAGUCAUGUUUCACUGCACCUGACCCUGUAA